AUGCUAAUAUGCUUUGCUGUUGGAAUUUCUAACCUCUUUCGUGUUCCAUCUAUCAUACUUGCGUUCAGCAUAGUAUGCCUAGCCUGUUCCCCGGUCAUCCUGUUUAUCGAGGUACCACUGCUCCUGCGCAUCUGCCCUACUUCGUCCAAGUUUGACGCUUUCAUCCGCCGUUUCGCGUCCAACACAAUGCGUGGAGUUAUCUACCUUGCCAUGAGCGUCAUUCAGUGGCUCAGUCUUGUGUCAAAGGAAGCUACGAGCUUGAUUGCGGCAGCCGUUUUCCUUCUCUUUACCGCCAUCUUCUAUGCUCUAGCUGCUGCUAAGGGCCAGGAAUUUACCGGAAGUAAGACCCUUGGUGGACAAGGCGUUGCGCAAAUGAUGGUCUAA